AUGUCCUCGGGGGCGUGGCCGCAGUGGUACAUCACUGCUGUGAGGUUGGCUGCGCCUGGCCUCCGUUCAGACGCCGCGCCAAGCUAUGUGCAGGACGCCUUCACCGCCUACCUCCCGCAGCCAGACCUCGAGCGCCACCAUGGACAGCUGGCGGCCUACUACAGCCCGCCGCCGCCGCCGCCGCCCCCGCCGCCCCCUUCCUACGUGACCCUGAGCCCGUGGAGCGAGCCGCCCCCCGCCUUACCGCUGCCGCCCAAGAAGAAGGAGAUCUACCGGCCCUACUCGCUGGACCCGCCGCCCCCGCCGCCCCCGCCGCCCCCGGCGCCGGACGACCUGGCGGUGGCGCACGCGAUCCUCGACCUUAGCGCCGCGCCGCCCGCGCGCACCGUGUCCUACACCUACGAGGCCUUCUUCGUGAGCGACGGCCGCUCCAAGCGCGCGCAGGAGCCGCGCCAGAGGCACUCUUGCGGCGAGUGUGGCAAGAAGUACGCCACGUCGUCCAACCUGUCGCGCCACAAGCAGACGCACCGCUCGCUCGACUCGCAGUCCGCCAAGCGCUGCGUCACGUGCGGCAAGGCCUACGUCAGCAUGCCGGCGCUCGCCAUGCACCUGCUCACGCACAAGCUGAGCCAUGCUUGCGGCGUGUGCGGCAAGCUGUUCUCGCGGCCCUGGCUGCUUCAAGGUCACCUGCGCUCGCACACGGGCGAGAAGCCCUUCGGCUGCGCGCACUGCGGCAAGGCCUUCGCCGACCGCUCCAACCUGCGCGCGCACAUGCAGACGCACUCCGUGGACAAGAACUACGCGUGCUCGCGCUGCCACAAGGCGUUCGCGCUCAAGUCCUACCUCAACAAGCACCUGGAGUCGGCCUGCUUCAAGGAGGGCGAGGAACUCGUCAUGGCGAGCUGCUUGGCUGUCAGUAGUGUCAGUAGUGUCAGUAGUGUCAGUAUGGUCAGGCCUGCACGUCUUGCCAGCACUCAGCUUGACCUGAAGAAGCCUCGACCGGCGGUUCUGUACAGCAGUGUGCUUCCCGACCUAUUAGUGCCAGAGUUGUCUGCUUCAUAGUCGGUGUUCAGACCUCGCGAAGCAGGCAAAAUGAGAUAAAAUAAAUAAAAUAUACCAUAAUGCCUAUUCGUCAGCUGCCGUUCAUCUAGUUAUUUUUUUAAAAUUUGCAAUUCAAAUCUAAUAAAUACUCCUAGCAAUAAAAUAAAACAAUUUAAAACUAAUGAAGCCUUAUUGUUUUCGAGAAAACCGGUUUGAAAAUUUUAAGCUAACAUUUUCAAAAAAUUAUGUGUGAUUUAUGUUUCGUUAAAGAAAACACUUCUUUAUUAUUUUAUAAAUUGCCUCCAGAGUGUUUAUUUAAAUGACGAUGUUAAAGGUGAAUAUCCAUAGUUAGACCCCGAGAGUAGGCUGCCACGAGGCCUGAUCAUACCAACUAGUAGCUAGCACGCCAGAACUAGUCACCAUACACUAUUGUAGAGUCUAGAGUCCUCACGCUAGUCAUCAGUUUGUAUAACCUGUGUUGAAACAUUCAACUGGCAGUAAUUACUGGAUCGAUGACUUCCAGCGAGAAAAUAAAAGAAGAACGAUACCGAAUAAAGGAAGAUGCAUUUCAACAACUUUAUUUUGUGUUCAGCAAACUUUAAUAAAAAUAAGCGAGGCAACGAAACAGUAUUUUACAUUAGCAAACUGUGGUAAAUAUUCAAAUAAUAAUUUACGAGAGGGUUAUAUUCUGUAAAUGUGUUGAUGGCCAAAAAACGUUUGACAGUUGUUAUUACCUAGAGCAAUAAACCAAAUGACUUUUAUAUUUUGUAUAGACCCUGGUGUUUGUAGAAAGCAUUAUUACUAAGUGUAUUUUUUAAAAGUUGUACGUGAAAGUUGCUGUGGUGUUUGUCGCUGUAUAAAAUGUUUGAUCUCUCUUUGUUUGAGUAAUCGUCUUCUUCCACUCGGGAAGCGCCGAGCUGAGCAGUCCAACGAAGCGAGCAACGAUUCCAGGAAAAUGCCGGGUAUUCGCAAGCAAUAACGAGUAGAAGGGCCUCAACAAGGAGCGCGUGUUGAAGUUGUUCACUUCGACACCGAACAAGGGCGAGUCUCACCUCUUUAGAAACUGCAUUCUUAGUCUCAGGGCGCACGCGAUAGCAAACGAAAUUCCUGCUGCAUUCCUUUCACAGACAAAAAAAACUGUCUAAUAAACGUGUGAAAAACCAUUUGGCUGUGUCGAAAAUAUAAAUAGAAACACGCAGGAGAAUUCAACAGACUGAAACAGUCGGUAGACAUCGAAACAAAUUGAACAACGAAUAAGAGGGAAAUAAAUACAGAAAACAGAACUCAGUACGAAACUUUGCUGUUAGCACAGACAAAAACAGGCUGUGACGUUUCGGAUCAUCGAUGUGGUGGCAUAACUAGAUACUUGGCAGGAGACUCAUGUCGCUCUGCCGGUUCAAACGCGAACACCGCGUGGUGUCUUUCAAACACAUU